AGUUAAAGGAGGCGAGGAGUUAAUACAGGAGGCGAGGAGUUAAAGGAGGCGAGGAGUUAAUAAAGGAGACGAGGAGUGAAUACAGGAUUCAAGGAGUUGAUACAGGAGGCGAGGAGUGAAUACAGGAGACGAGGAGUUAAUAAAGGAGGCGAGGAGUUAAAGGAGGUGAGGAGUUAAAGGAGGCGAGGAGUCAAAGGAGGCGAGGAGGAGAUGGACAGGAGUGUGAUCCGGCUGAGUCACUGUCAGAAGGAGAUCUUCUGUUUCUCCGUCCCGGACGAGUGUCCCAGCUGUGGGGAGGAACUGAAGGGGAGCAGACUGCAGGAGGCGCCGGUCAGCCUCCCCUCCCCCUUUACCAACGGACACAAGACCUCCUGCUGCCUGCUGGUCGCACCUGCACACGACAACAUCAGCAGAGACUUUGACGGGACAUCAGAUCUGCACACGGGCAUCUCCAACACUACAGGGGUUGUGUAUAACUACACUCAUGGGGGGGUUCGUAGGGAGCAGAGUGGGUGGGAGCGCUGUGUCAGUGUUCCUAUGGUUCGACCCGACAUGUUCCACCUGCUGGCUCAGUGGGAUCGGUACCUGGACCGAUUCUCUGAUGGACCAAUGUGGGACCCGGCCUGGCACAGGUUCAACGAGGAGGACCAUAACUGCUUCAGUUUCUGUCUUCAGUUCGUGAACAGCGUCCUGGCAGCGGAGGGGCGGAGCUCCCUGAGCAGAGAGACCUUCACUCACAGCUUCAUCCUGCCGAGGAUGAGGAGGGUCUCCAAAUACAACACGCUGUACGAGCACAUCCAGAGACACCAGUACUACAUGGUGGACAGACAGGUGGACAGACAGGAGGACAGACAGGAGGACACACCUGUUCCCAGUUAAACCAGUGUCAGUGAGACAGGCUUAUUUACAAUCAUUUCUGUUUCAAGAAACGAGUGUCCUCAUUCUCUAGUUCUGCUGACCAGUUGUCAUGGUAACAGCGUGUUUUGGAUAUUUAGCAUAGACUAGAUAAGAUGGACUGAGCUACAGCCGCCUGGGAGUGAAGCCAAAAUAUUAAGAGCUCCCCCUGCUGACUGGCUGCGGCAUAGGUCCUAAGCCCCGCCUCCUUAAUGUUAGCAGAUGCAACCAGGGUUAAAGUAUAAAGUAAAAAUACUCCUCCAUUUCUUCACCAGCCUGAGUUAACGAGUAAAGGAAAUAUAUCGAGUGAAAUAUUAAAAUGUAAAUACAGUCAUUUAAAUUAAGAGUACUGAGGACCCCCCCCACCUUGUUUUCCCCUCUGACUUCUUUCUCUGUCCUCUUCUAUUUGUAAUUUAUUUCCUUCAUUCAUAAUAAACUAAAAAUGUAUUUAUGUAUCAGGAUGAACAAAAUAAUUUAUGUGAUAUAGAAACCUGUAAUAAUAAAGACAUAAAAACAGA